UGAAAACAUUGUUCACAGCUGCUCAUUUAUCUCUCUCCAGGGUAAUCAACGUCCAGCCGAUACCAGACCCUGAGCAGAACAAGUCCACCACAGCUCUGUCCUCCGUGUCCGCGAUCACCUCCAAGACCAAAGUGUCCUCCGUGUCCGAGCUGUCGUCCAACUCUGAGCGCUCAGACCUGUCCGGCAUUUCCUCCAGAUCGGAGCGCACGGCCAAAUCUGGACGCACGGCAAAGUCUGCGCGCUCGCCGAAGAGCGGGCGCGCCACCCGGUCUGCUGGGUCUGCGGGGUCGAGGUCAGGAUCCGGGUCAGGGUCAGAGACCGGUGUCUCAUCGAGGUCAAGCGUGUCAACUUUGUCCGGGUCCAGGAGCAGCGGCAGCAGCCGGACAGUGUCGUCGUUGUCAGGCAGCUCUGGGAGUGAGACC